AUUUAUGUAUUUUUACAACUUAAAUUACUGUGCAUGGUUUUUGUGAGUUGUCUUCAAAACGAUGGCCAAUUAUACGAUUGAUACAGAUAAAAUUUGCCGCUUCUGUUUAUGCCCCGAUAAUCUAGUUUCAUUUUCGGAAGCAACGAGUACAGCUUUAACUUUUGAAGAUGUGCUAUAUUGUACCGGAAUUAAACUACCAAAAGAUGAAGGGUUAAUCAUUUGUAAUGAUUGUUGCAUAUUAAUUAACAACACAGCGAAUUAUCGUCGCACAUGUUUACAAAAUGAUACCAUCUAUAAAAGGCUAGUAACUGGCAAUGGCAACAGCAAUGCUAAGCACAAGACACGCGUUACUGGAGAAAUAAUUGGACGUGGCGCAGAAACUGUUCAAUCUUCGGAUUUAACUGCUAGUAAAAACGAUUCAAUGACACAGGACGACUCGGAGUCCGAUGACGUACCUUUGGCGUCGCUUUGCAGAAAACACGAUGAGUUAAAAUCCAAAAUCGGAAAUGAAGAAAGUUUGAAAUUUUGCCCGAAGGACAGUGGAAAAAAUCAAGCAACGGGUGUAGAAUCUGGCAAAAGUUUUUUAGAUACUUCAACGCACUGGUCCAAAAGAAAAAGAUCACUUUCGGAUGCCAACGAUUCGGAUGAUUCUAUUACUUCACUGUAUGGAGAAUGGAUGGAUAAAAUUUCAAGCGACUCUAUGCCAAAUGACUUGCUAAAUACGAGAGCCUAUCUAGCUUAUGGGCUAUGCCAUAUUUGUGGGAAUGUUGUAAAAACGGUAAAUUCUCAUAUACGUCGGAUACACAAACUAGAAAAGAGUAUAGUUUGUUCACAUUGCCCGAAAAGAUUUAAAGAAAAAUCUGCUCUACAACGCCAUAUUAAUACAUGGCAUGAUAGGCAUAUAAUAAUAACCUGCCCAUUAUGUGGGAAAGGAUUCGUCAACAGUUCAAGCUAUUUCUAUCAUAAGCAAAACUCCCACGGAAAGAGCGAUGUGUACGAGUGUGAAACAUGCCACCGGAAAUUAAAGUCCUGGGACGGGUACAGAAAACAUCGAAAGGAACAUUUACUAUCUGUUCUCAAGUGCAAGGAUUGUGGAAAACUAUUCAAAACUGCGUACACUUUGAAGCAACAUAAUCUUCGUUAUCAUCGUACGUGACCACUCGAUCGGUUCGGUUCUGAGCUGAAACUUGAUUAAUCGAGAGUAAAAACCCAAAUAUUGCUGAAUAUGUGUUGAAAACUAAUGAAAAAGUUGUUGCUCAUACUCGUUUAGUUUCUCCAACCAGGCGAUAUACUCAGGUGACAGAGCUUGGUCCCUGGACAGAGGAAUUGCUACGGAAAAAUGUAAAACCGGUGACAGGCCUUCCUACAAAUUCUGAAUAGAUCUGAAUGCUUUACCGUAUAUUUAAAUUAAUGUGUUCCACCAAUAUUCAUCUGCUGGGAAUAUAUUCAACACAGAGUUUUGCAAAUUAAAAUAAAAGUUGUGUUGUAUAUUGGAGGGAGAAGACACUCCUCGUACGUUUCGGACAAGAAUUAAUGUACUAUGCUUGAAGCCAAAUCAAAACUACGACGAAAUUAUAUUCAACUAAAUGAGA